GCAACCAUUAUUUCAUGGCCGCGGCUCACUCACGCGUCUUUACUCUUCACUCUCUCGCCUCUCCAACUUUUGUGGCAACUCCCCUAUCUAGAAGCGCCAAGCCCGCUAGACAACUAUUUCGCGUUAAAGUUCGCCUGUCCGCUAUCUCGCGUAUCUUCCCUGUCAUCGCUCAGAGCAUGGCUCUCGAGGCAUACCCGUUCCUCAAGGAGCUCGGCCUGCAGGCCGAGAAUCUCGGCGCCUAUGGCGGCAAGGCGGCAGGAGGCGAGUGGAUGGGCAAGGGUAACAAGGUUACCUCGGUCAGCCCUGCGACCGGCAAGCCCAUAGCGGAUGUUGUCGAAGCCACUCUUGACGAGUACGAGACAUGCAUGGAGGCUGCUGUCGAAGCGCAGAAGCUAUGGCGAGAGACCCCGGCGCCCAAGCGCGGGGAGAUCGUGCGGCAGAUCGGCGAGGGGCUGCGCGCGAAGCGGGACGCGCUGGGCGCGCUGAUCUCGCUGGAGAUGGGGAAGAUCCUGGCGGAGGGCAUCGGCGAGGUACAGGAGUUCAUCGACAUGUGCGACUUCGCCGUCGGGCUCAGCCGCCAGCUCUCGGGAUCAAUCAUCCCUUCCGAACGUCCCAACCAUUUCAUGAUGGAGCAAUGGAACCCUCUGGGGGUGGUGGGGGUCAUCAGCGCCUUCAACUUCCCCAAUGCCGUGCUGGGCUGGAACGCGUGUCUGGCCAUGGUGUGCGGCGACGUGGUGGUGUGGAAGGGCGCGCCGACGACGAGCCUGGUGUCCGUGGCCACCACGCGCAUCAUUGCAGACGUGCUCGCCAAGAACGGGCUCCCGGGGGCCAUCUUCACGUGCGUGUGCGGCGGCGUGGAGAUCGGGCAGGCCAUGGCGCGGGACCCGCGCAUCCCGCUGAUGUCGUUCACUGGUAGCUCCAAGGUCGGCCAAGCAGUCCGCACGGAGGUGAACGCGCGGUUUGGCAACUGCCUGUUGGAGCUGAGCGGCAACAAUGCCAUUGUCAUCAUGGCGGACGCGGACCUCUCGCUCGCCGUGCGCUCCGUGCUCUUUGCUGCUGUCGGCACCGCGGGCCAGCGCUGCACCACGUGCCGCCGCCUGUUGGUGCACGAGGACGUGUACGACGAGGUCAUUCGCCUGCUCACUGCUGCGUACAAGCAGGCGUUGGAGAAGAUUGGCGACCCUGUGCUGCCCACGACGCUCAUCGGCCCUCUGCACACCCCUGCUGCCAAGACGCAGUUCCUCAAGGGGCUCGCUGACGUCACUGCGCAGGGAGGCGAGUUCUUGGUGGGCGGGGUGGAAGGAGCAGGGGAUGUGGGGCUGGUGGGCGGCAACUUUGUGCGGCCGGCGGUGGUGGCCAUCAAGCACACAGCGCCGUGUGUGCAGGAGGAGCUCUUUGGCCCGCUGCUCUACGUGCACAAGUUCAAGGCGUUGGACGAGGCGAUCGAGAUCAACAACAGCGUGCCGCAGGGCCUGAGCUCAUCCAUCUUCACCCGCAGCCCCGAAAACAUCUUCCGCUGGACCGGUCCUAGCGGCAGUGACUGCGGCAUUGUGAAUGCCAAUAUCCCCACCAACGGGGCGGAGAUUGGGGGUGCGUUUGGGGGCGAGAAGGCAACGGGAGGAGGCAGGGAGGCGGGCAGCGACUCGUGGAAGCAGUACAUGCGGCGAGCCACAUGCACCAUCAACUAUGGAACAGACCUGCCUCUGGCGCAGGGCAUCAACUUCGGAGACUAGACCAUGACGACUGAACCAUGGUGACCAUACCCAUGCAUGCCCACGUGACUGGCCUUGCAGCAGAGCUGGCAACGCGUGCAGCUGAGCUGUCAUGUGCCACCUGCAUGACCUUGCUACCCCGUCUAUUGUUUCCCACCCACCCACCUCCCUGUGGCACCACCACCAUCAUCCCCUCUCCAAGCUGCACCUGCAACCACACUACCCGGCCCGUCCAGCCAAUACCACCGCUGCUUGCUGUAAUAGCAGUAGACCAGAGGGCUUUAUUCUACUGCUACCAUUCCGCCUCUAUUAAGAGUCGACUCGCCAUCUCUGCUGGAGAGCCAGACCUGGGAACUUGUUCCCCUGGUCCGAUUCCCUUUCCCCCAGUGCUGCCUGCAUCAGCCAUGGUGCCUGCUGCUUGUUCAGAGCUAGCAGAUUGAUUAGGUAUGUGUGCUAAUGGUAUGGGUUGUUGCAUAAGCCUCAAGCGUGUGGUUGCAUCUAGUAGCCAUCGUUAGCUUUGUAAUAGCUUCUUGAUUGCUUUGUUCUGUUUUGCGUGUGGUUGUGGUUUUGUAAGACCUAUUGCAGCUUUUGCCCUUGCAAUGAGA